AUAAAAGCAGGAAGAACAUUUCUAGGUGCCUAGAGAUUUUUUUUUCUAUACUUGCCUAGCUCUAAAACAGUUCAAAGGAAUUUUAUUAAACUUCCCAGGAAAAUUCAGCUCAAGCAUAACCACAAGGAGAAGCAUUUUCAAGCACAACUAUAGAUGUUUGGGAAUGUAAUAAAUUCUGGAAGGCUACUUACGCUGAUAUGUUUUUUGAUGUAGUACUAUACCAUCACAACUAUCCUGCAAGAUUAAUUAUCAGUUGCUGGUGAUUCUCAAGUCAGGUGUGCUACAACUAGGUUUAUUCUAAAUGCUUUUUGGUGAGUGUAUACCAGCAAAAAACUCUUGCUGCAUCUGUACAGAAAGACUUUAUCCAACAUCUAUGCCUACUGGGAUAGGAAGAGGUGGAACGUAUUUGUCCUAGAAGCAUUUUUGAAUGAUUUCAGUAAAGCUAUGCUGCGAUGGGAUAUGCUUUUAGAAGGUGGUUUCAAAAACGCAGGUAAUGAAGCACGCUUUUGCAGCCAAGGAUAAAUCCACGCUCUGGCCUUACUGUUGGCAUGGCAAUUUCUGUAGCGAUAAACAACUUUUCAUUAGGCAGUCCAACGACAGACUCAACAUGGGUUUCUGUGCCACUCCUAAUGAGCUGUUCCACGGAUCUCUUGCAGGAUGGAGUGUUCCCACAACUCAUUAGCAUGGGGGCCUCACGGGCUAACAGCCGGCAGACCUUGCGGAGGUACUACUGGCUGCGUACUACGACCAGUAAAGACAAACUAAUAACACGCUGAAAUACUGGAUGCGCUCAGGCAUGCAGGGUGUGCAUGGAUUCAGGGAUCCUGGGGGUGUGCUCCGGAGGGCUGACAACUGCUUCGCCUCACACCAGCCUCAGUUGGUUGCUGACUUAUUAACAGCAAAUCUACUUUUGAGGGUGGCCUUGGUCUACAUGACAUCCUCAUCAAAGCAGUUUUGCUUGUUUUAUCGGUUUUACUCCAGUAAUUAUUAUUAUUCUAACUUACAAAUAUAGUACUUUUGGGAGGAGCUCAAUUUCCCCACCCCCACAUUUUUCCCCUAGGAGUUGAACACUAUAUACUAUUUUUGCCAAAUAAACUGAGUUUACAUUAUGGCUUGACUCCUGGUACAUGAUUAAUAUUUGUCACAGGCAGCGUGUCUUCAAAUAGCUGGCUAACAUUUACACCGAGAAAAAACCUUGAAGCCCUAGCUUCAGUUGGACGGAAACAAAAACUUGAGUUUCAUUUUCUGAUCUUAUGAUGGCACGCUGUAAAGGAGAAGUGGUGUGUGCAACGCACAGCAUUUCGAGGUGUACCGGAACAAACACGAACGUCCAAUUAAACAGGCAGAUUAAAGACGCCGGUGCAUUUCCGGCCCCCUCUUCCCCAUUUUGAAGGUCUCGUUUUUCAGAAAAGGAUGCAAAUGCUGAGAUAGAAACUAAAAUACGUUUUUUAUGAGAUAAAAGGGCAAACAGCUGUUUUUACCACAGAUCUGCCAAAUCUCAAUUUUUGCUAUCUUUCUGCUGCACACGCAGAUAUCCUUUAAAAAUGAUUUUGUGACAGGAGUGUUUUGCAAGUGUACUUUAAUUUGCAAGUGUAUUUUAACGAAGCAUUUACCCAACGGCCUCCUUUGCCCUGCUGAGUUAAUAAGUAACAUGUGAAGAGGGGCAAGGAAGAGCUGGACCUUAAACGUGUUAAGAACCGAGCGUUAUCAACUUUGGGCAAGUAUCAUGACAAAAGAGCAGGUUUUGCUACCUCCAAACCUUGGGGUUUGCAAACCCCAAACGCUGCUCAUCGACCCCUUGAGUGGGACAACUGAACUAAGAAGUGUCUCCUAAUUUCUGACCUAAACGCUGUCUGGUUUUUAGGUGUGAUUGUCACAAGGACCUAAACCCCUGUUUUUUUGGGGUGACUGGCACAAGGACCUAAACCCCUGUUUUUUAGGGGUAAAAAGGCGCAGGGCAGACUGGGAGCAGAGCAGGGGGCGCUGCCUCCCUCCCGAUGAGGGAAUUCUGUGGUUGCACAAAUCCGCCGGGCUCCAUCGCCACAAGCUCCCCGUUAGGGGACAAGGCGGGUGCUGAGCGGGGCCCUGAGGGGCCACCAGGCCGCGGCCUCGCCCCCGGGCCUAGGCCGCAGGGGCGGCAGCGGGUAGGCCGCGUUGCUAUGGCAACCAUGAGCCAAUAGUGAGCGCGGCGCGGGUGGGGCCUCGCCGGGGGCGCAAAUCAGCACCGAGGGUCGGGAGGAAAAGGCGGGACUGAGCGCGGGGCCCCAAUCGGAGCUCGGGGGCGGAAAGGGAAGGCGGGAGGACAAGGCCCAGCGAGUGAGGAGCGAAGGGCGGUAGGGAAGCGCGGCCAAUCGCGAGCCGCCCUUCAGGGGCGAGCGCGGGCCUUGAGCGCAGCAACCAAUCAGCGGGGAGAAGGGGCGUUCCCAACCGCCCGAAGGCGGGCGCGCUGCCGGGCGGGCCAAUCGACGCUCGAGCAGGGGAUCCGCCAGCCAAUCGGGAGGCGGCGAGGGAACAAAAGGGGCUUUCCAAGCCGCCGGCCCCUUUCCCCUCAGCGCAAUUUCACAUGACGCAACGGUUGGAGGCAGAGGUCCGCGGGCCGUAGCCGCCGCCGCCAUUUUGUGAGCGCCCAGACUGAGCCGGCGGCCGGCCGACCGACCGGAGGCGCGGCGGCACCCGCGGCACCAGCACCUCAAGCAGCGCCGGCGGCGGGAGGGAGCCGCGGCCCGAAGGAUGCGGUAGAGGAAGCCCAGCGGCAGCGGCGGGGGGGGCGGCAUCGCUCGGCGGCGGAGGCGGCGGCAGCAUAAAAAAAAAAAAAAAAAAAAAAGGAAAAAAAAAGGGGGGAGAUCGCGGGGAGGGGGCUGUCGGUCGGUGGGGGUCGGGGCGCCCCGGUCGGAGGAACAUGUCGGCCCCGGAGGGCAGCGCUGGUAGCAGCGAGGCCCGGGAGGACGCGUGUCGCGAUUACCAGUCGUCGCUGGAGGACCUGACGUUCAACAGCAAGCCGCACAUCAACAUGCUGACCAUCCUGGCUGAGGAGAACGUGCCCUUCGCCAAGGACAUCGUCUCCCUGAUCGAGGCGCAAAUCGCCAAGGCUCCUGCAUCAGAGAAGCUCCCUGUUAUGUACCUUAUGGAUUCCAUUGUCAAGAAUGUGGGAAGAGAGUAUCUUACUGCAUUUACUAAAAACCUAGUUGCAACAUUUAUUUGUGUAUUUGAAAAGGUGGAUGAAAAUACUAGGAAAAGUUUAUUUAAAUUACGCUCCACAUGGGAUGAUAUUUUUCCUUUGAAGAAACUAUAUGCCCUUGAUGUCAGAGUCAACUCAUUAGAUCCUGCUUGGCCAAUUAAACCUCUGCCCCCAAAUGUGAAUACUUCUAGCAUCCAUGUGAAUCCUAAGUUUUUAAAUAAAUCGCCAGAGGAAUCUACUGCACCUACCUCUGCUGUCACUUCUGGUGCCUCUACUCCUCCAGCUGUUCCUGAAAUACAAAAGAAUUUGACACAGGAGCAACUGAUAAGGCAGCAAUUGCUUGCAAAGCAAAAACAGUUGUUAGAACUUCAGCAAAAAAAAUUAGAGCUGGAGCUGGAACAGACUAAAGCACAGUUGGCUGUUUCUCUUAGUGUUCAGCAAGGAUCAUCUACUAUAGCUUCAGUUCCAGCACCUUCCAAGCCACAUGUGUCUCAGACACCUCAUAUGACAGUUAAACCACCUCAUCAGACUUCUGUGCAAUCUGAAAAAAUUAAACCAUCCCCAAGUCCUCCACUUCAUGAUAUCAAAAUAGUAAAUAGGGAUCCUCGACUUAAUAGGAUGGCUCAACAUUCUUCUCAUGCUAAAGAUCAAUCUCAUAGGAAAGAAUUUCCACCAAAUACAACCAGUCAGUCUGAUACCAAGGCAAGCAAAACAUCCCAGGCUGAAAAACAAAACUCCACAAAGCAAGAGAAAUUGAAAGCAGGUGAAAAAAUACAGAAGAAAGAGCUUGAUCAGUCAGAAGCAAAAUCUAAAUCACCAUCUCCUUUGAAAAACAAGUUACCCAAUACUAAAGAUACUAAAAACCAGGAAAGUGAAAGCACAAAAGUAUCUGAAAUCAGUAAACGGGAUCCAAGACUGAAAAGACAUCUUCAAGAAAAGCCAGAGGGCAAGGAGGAUGAGGUGAAAGAGAAGAGGAGAAAUGUAGAGAAAAAAGAAAAAGAGGAACAUAAGAUGUGUGAACAUAGACCAGUAGGCAGCAGAAAUAAAGUAAUUAAUGGUGUUGUUCAGAAACAAGACACACCUACAGAAGAAUCAGAAAAACAGGGUGGAAAACAAGGGAGAUCAAGUAACAGAAAACGGUCACGAUCACGCUCUCCUAAGUCACGGUCACCAUCUACACAUUCUCCAAAAAGAAGAGAGAGGAGGUCACCCAAAAGAAGACUCAGAAGCUUAUCUCCCACUUCGUCAACUCCUAAAAUUGGAAAGAUACGUCAGAUAGGUCCUAAGCAGUCUCACGUUGAAGAAGCCACACAGGCAGCAAGAGAUGAAAGAAAUUCUAAUAAGCGGAAUGUGAAACAAGAGGUGCGAGAUCCACGGAGAGUUAAAAAAGCCCAAGAAGACAGGCCUCAAGAAACAGCAAGUCAGCAUUCUGCAAAAGCUUCUCCCGAUCCAAAGGAGAAUGCAGAAAACUGGCAGGGAUCCAAAGCAGGCAAGAGGUGGAAAUCUGGUUGGGAAGAAAAUAAAAACUCGCAGCAGAGUGAAGAACACCAAGCACUUGGUAAAUCUCCUCACCAAAGACACCGGGAAAACUGGACCGCUGCUAAAGGAAUUUUAUCACCCCGAGCACCAAAGCAGCAGCACAGGUUAAGUGUGGAUGCCAAUUUACAAAUUCCCAAAGAAUUGACAUCUGCAAGCAAGAGAGAAUUACUUAAAAAGGCCAAUGAUCGCUUAGCAUCUGGUGAAAUAACUCAAGAUGAAUUCCUCAUGGUAGCUCAUCAGAUUCGACAGCUGUUCCAGUACCAGGAAGGGAAGCACAGAUGUAAUGUGUGGGAUAGCCCUACAGAGGAGAAAUGCGUUUUGAAAAAGAAACCUCUUCUAUCUGAUGCAGAAUUAACAUACUACGAACACAAAGCUAAAUUAAAAAGAACCCAAGUUCAGCAUUCAUUAUCAAGGCUUGAUCUGUUGGAUCCCGAUGAUAUUUUGGAGUAUCAUCUACCCGAUGCAUUGCUUUCUGGAAUAGAAUGUGAGCAAGCAAAAGCGAAACGUGGAGUACAAUUUGACAGAAAAGAGCCAUUUGGAGAAAGAUCUAGGAGGCAUUCUCCUGUAAGUGGCACUAACAGACCUUUUCCUGAUAACCUUUCACCGCUUGAGAGUCGACGAAGACUUGAGGAACAAAAUGCUACCAAAGGAGCAAGAGGUUCUAAAACCUUCGAUCCUUACGACAGCUGGGGAGAAUCAGAGGAAUUUAGAGAUGCUCUCAGACAACAGGGAAAAGGCACACCGGAGUUCCAGAAAAUAGAUGGUGACGCAAUCUGCAGAUUCGAUAAUCGUGAAGAAAGACAGCUUCUCGGGCAAGCUGGUGUUCGAGAGGAACCAAGAUCGCCAUUCAGUGAGCGUUUCAAAAGAGCUAGGUAUGAGGAUCCGGAGAAAACACCAUUUCCAGAAAGUCCAGGAUCAAGAUUUGGAGGCAUUGAAGCCAAGCAGAGAAUAAGUGCACUAAUGGAAGACAGACCUCUAUUUGAUGGCUCACCUAGACCACCUGCUGCAAGGGUUGGGGUAGAUGGACCAGGAAGUCCUUUUGUUGAUGGUCCUGCUGCUGGUUCAAAUUCUCGAAUUGAUGGGCCACCUGGACAGGCUGCUCUGAGAUUUGAGGGGCCGUUGGUCGGAGCAGGUGCAUCACAGUUUGAUGGACCACUGGCGGGGGCAGGGGGAGCAGGAGCCUUAAGAUUUGAAGGGCCGCCAGGGCAGCUGGCAGGGGCUCUCAGAUUUGAAGGACCCCCAGGACAGGUUGGAGGAGGAGGUCCACUGAGGUUUGAGGGACCUCUUGGGCCUUUGCGCUUUGAGGGGCCUGCAGGCCAGCCUGUAGGUGGUCCUAGAUUUGAAGGACCCGGAGUUGGUCUCAGGUUUGACGGACCUCGUGGUCAGCCUUCAGGUGGUCUCAGGUUUGAGGGGCCUCAUGGUCAACCUCUGGGGCCUCGAGGUCAACCAGGGGGUGGUCUCAGGUUUGAGGGACCCCAUGGUCAGCCCUUGGGGCCUCAUGGUCAACCAGGGGGUGGUCUCAGGUUUGAGGGGCCACAUUUACAGCCAUUGGGGCCCCAUGGUCAACCUGGAGGUGGCCUCAGAUUUGAGGGGCCGCAUGGGCAGCCUAUGGGGCCACAUGGGCCAUCAGGGGGCGGGCUCAGAUUUGAGGGACCACAUGGACCACCAGGUGUGGGUCCUAGGUUGAUUGACGGACCAGUACACCAGGGAGCUGGUGGACUUAGAUUUGAUGGUCCUCUGGGACGGACGGGUCCAAGAUUCGAUGGCUGUCAUGCUGGAUUUGAUGGUCAGCCUGGACAGCUAUCUCUUUUGCAAAGAUUUGAUGGAAUUCACGGACAGCCUGGCCCAAGAUUUGAAAGGGCACCUGGCCAGCAGGGACAGCCACGAUUUGAUACAGCCAUACCUCAAAGAUUUGAUGGUCCUCACCAGCCAGCCUCAAGGUUUGACCUGCCCCUUGGCCUUCAAGGUGCAAGGUUCGAAAAUGUAGCUAACCAUCCUGCCUCAAGAUUAGAAAUGUCGCCAUACGGACAAGGUGGUCCGUUUGUUGAUCAUCCCAGCCAGGGCUACAGUGGGCCAUCUCAUGGGAUGCAGUUCCAGAGGCCUGACAUAUUUGAUGGUUCGCCAGGACCAAAUUUCAAUGGGCCAGCUGGCCCAGGAGCACAGAAUUUUUCAUUGAGAGCAUCUGGACAUUAUUUUGAUGAAAAAAAUCUUCAGGGUCCUCAAUAUGGAAACUUCAAUAGUAUGGCAGUGGGAAGUAAUCAGGUUUCGCUCAUGUCUGCUCAGCCAGGACCUUAUGGCCAAGGUCAACAGUAUUUGCCAAAUCCUGGAAGCUUUGUUCAGAACCCUGCAGGAGGCCUUCCACAUUCAUAUCCUGAUAACCACCUUGGCCAGCUUGAUGUCAAUGAAUUGUUUGCUAAGCUGUUGUCAACAGGAAUUCUCAAACUGUCAAAAACGGAUUCCACUUCAGCACAAGUGAACGAAACAUCAGCCCAGCCAGCUGCUGAAGAGGAAGAUGAUGACCAGAGUGAUCAAGAUGUCCCAGACCUCACGAACUUUACGGUUGAAGAACUCAGACAGCGUUAUGAUAGUGUUAUUAAUCGACUGUACACUGGAAUUCAGUGUUACUCGUGUGGAAUGAGAUUUACUACUUCACAGACAGAUGUUUAUGCCGAUCAUUUAGAUUGGCAUUAUCGCCAGAACCGCACAGAAAAAGACGUUAGCAGAAAAAUUACGCACAGAAGGUGGUACUACAGUUUAACAGAUUGGAUUGAAUUUGAAGAAAUAGCUGAUCUAGAGGAACGUGCAAAAAGCCAAUUUUUUGAAAAAGCCCACGAAGAAGUUGUGCUCAAGACACAAGAAGCUGCAAAAGAGAAAGAGUUUCAGAGUGUCCCUGCUGGACCAGCUGGAGCAGUUGAAAGCUGUGAAAUUUGCCAAGAGCAAUUUGAACAAUAUUGGGACGAAGAAGAGGAAGAGUGGCACCUAAAGAAUGCUAUACGAGUAGAUGAAAAGAUUUACCAUCCAUCUUGUUAUGAAGACUACCAAAACACAUCAUCAUUUGAUUGCACACCAUCUCCCAGCAAGACUCCUGUAGAAAAUCCUCUAAAUAUUAUGUUGGACAUUGUUAAACAAGAAACACAAGAGUCCUGUGACUCGCCUAAAGUCAAAGAAGAACCUGAUGACACCCCUACUGCCUGUGCAGAAGAGAGCACACCUGCAUCUACAGAUAUUAAAACAGAACCUGAUGAGUCUAUUUAAAUAAAAUGAGGUAUGUUUUUUUUACAGAAAAGCUGCUGUGUUAUCUCUGGAAGGCAAAUACUUUUUAUAUGAAAUAAAAACAUUCAGCUGAGGCAGGGCCUUAGCUACUGUUUGGUUAAUAAAUACAUUUUUGUAUUUGAAUUUCUUACUGCCUGCACAGUUUCAGGUGUCAUUGUGUGAAAGUUCUGUAGAUGCGUGAAAAUUUAAUGGAAUGAAAUUGUAUAUGUAAAAAUGUACAAUUUUCACUUGUGGAAAUGUAAAUUAUAAAUAAAAGAUAUUUUUGCUAUAUAUGGAGUGUAAUGUUUAUGCACACCAUCAAAUGAAGACAGUGUUUCUGUACUUUUUUCAGUUUAAAUGGAAUUAAAAAGACCUUUGUUUUAGACCUCUUGCUGAAUAAGAUUCAGAAAAAUGAAAGCAAGUAACUUCCUUCAAUUAUCUCAUAGGUGGGUUAUCAAGGGAAGCGAUGCAGGAACUUCUCAAGACACAACCCUAUAUUUUUCUUUUUAAACUUAUCUGAACAAACUUACAUAUCCAGAUAUUAAAAAUAAAAUUAAAAAAUAACCAAAAAGACAGUUCUGGGUAGAAGGGGAAAAUUUAACAAAGGAACCAGAGUGCUUGAUUGUGAACACAAGUGCCAACAAACAAUUAACAAACCAGGAUGCCUGGUAGCUGAGACAUUUUAAUGAUUUUUUUUUUCCGUUAGUCACACAUAAGAAUUUAAUACAGCUGAACAAACUUUUCUUUACAUUACAGGGGGAAACGAAUGUAAGAAUGCUCAUUUGAAAAAUGGUUAACAUAUUUUUUUUUUGUUGCUUAUGACUGGACUUAGAUGGUAAACCAGAUAUCCUGAGAUGUUAAUGUUUCUUAAAUGUAAUAAAUAAAAUUAAGCAUA